AUGACGGAUAUUGAUUCUGAUGAUGGCAUGGUGGAGGAGGCUGGGUAUGCAGCCGCUAUCCGCCCACCUCCAGUUCAAGGAAAUGCGAGUUUCCAUGUCAAUAACACCAUGUUGCACCUGCUCAACACUAAGGGCUUAUUCAGAGGUCUACCCAUUGAUGACUUUAAUAGGAACCUUAAGAACUUUCUUGGGGUGUGUACCACCAACAUGCACCCAACCAUCUCAAGCGAGAUGGUCAAGUUGAGGCUUUUCUCGUUUUCUCUCACGGCGGAAGCCACCAUAUGGUUGGAUGAUCUUCUGGCUGGGUCUAUCACUACUUGGGAGGAAUUGAUUCAAGCUUUCCUCAAGAAGUUCUUCCCUCCAUUCCGGAUGUUGCAACUCCGUGACGAAAUCAACAAUUUUCGUCAACUUCCGAAUGAGACUCUACAUGAGGUUUGGACUCAAUUUGAAAAGAAGGUCAAGAGUUGUCCAAAGAAUAGGUUGCCCUAUAGCAUUCUUCUGCACACAUUUUAUCAGUUACUUCAUUCGGUCAACAAGUCGAUGGCUAAUAAUAUUGUGGGUGGGUCCACGAUGGAUAAUUCUUAUGAUGUUAUGAGGGCUCUCCUAGACAAAUUAAUUGAGACCAACAAAGCUUGGUAUACUAGAGAGGCAGAAGUAGUUGAAGGAGGUCCUUCCAAAAUAUUUUUGUCUGGGGAGACGAUCAAGAAGGAGGGAAAGAGAGAUGAAACAAUGGCAAAGUUGGUCACUCAAAUGGAGCUUCUUAGGAAGCAUGUGUUGGGUGGAUGCACGAAGCGGGUUAAUGCGGUAGGGUCUUGUGAGGGUGGCCCUCAAGAUGAACAAUGCUUCCAAAUAUAUGAUGAAGAGCCCAAUUUUGUAAACAAUCAAGCGAGGAGUUCCUGGCCUAACUACCAAAGUUCCAAUCAAGUACCUUGGCGGCAAGGUCAAGAGAAUCAAGGGUGGAACAAAGAGCAAAGGUGGUUACAACAACAAUUACAACAACCACCGGAGCUCUAA